AUGGCUCAGAUCAAAGGCCUUAACGCCCAUGAUCGGCCCCCAGAAGCCAUUCGCCAGCGAUACAAGCACUAUUCCAAGAUCUCGCUGAACGAGAUUGACCAUGACCCGGGUAUCCUCGACCUGCAGCGAGUCGAUCCCGAUCAGCUACCCGACGAACUGACGCUAUCGCAGUAUAUGUCAAGCCAAGAUGUCCGACUGGCAUUUGAUGACUAUGUACAAGGGCGCCAUGAAUUGACCAAAGAACAUGCUCCGUUAGCUGAAAAUAUCCCGGUCUUUGCCCACCGUUCAGUUUCUGGCCUACUGAUGAUCCCUUCGUUAUUCCCACCCACUGUUCAAACAGAGUUGCUGUCGCGCUUACUCCACCGAGACCUGUCCAAUCCCGCACAUCGCACCAAUCUGCAUCUGCACUACGACGUCACUUAUCCUGGACAUACCGGAAGCUCUGAGAACAGCAUCACAUCACACUCAUCGCAAUCCUUCUUCGCCGAUGACCCGGCCCGACUGUUAUAUCCCAAGGAUGCUACGAUCCACCAUCCCGUCACCGUCCAAAACAUGUUAGAGAAGAAGCUUCGCUGGGUUACUUUAGGCGGACAAUACGAUUGGACAGCCAAAGUGUACCCCAAUGAAACACCUCCUCCGUUCCCAGAAGAUGUCUCAAAGCUAUUGCGGGCUGCCUUCCCGGAGACUGAGGCCCAAGCAGCCAUCCUGAACCUCUACUCGGCCGGAGAUACCCUCAGCGUGCAUCGCGACGUGAGUGAGGAAUGUGACAGUGGAUUGAUCAGUGUCAGUUUUGGAUGUGAUGGGUUGUUCGUGGUGAGCCAUGAUGAUGGGAAUGACUGUGAGGUUAUUCGGCUGCGGUCGGGCGAUGCCGUAUAUAUGAAUGGCACGUCGCGGUUCGCUUGGCAUGGAGUGCCGAAGAUCCUUCCGGAAACCUGUCCAAAAUGGCUGUCCGAGUGGCCUUCCGGAGAAGAUGUGCCGGGCGCUGCUCCUAGUCCCUACCAGAUGUGGAGGGGCUGGAUGGCAGGGAAACGGAUCAAUCUGAAUGUGCGACAGAUGACAACAAACAGUAUCGCAUGA